UCAAUUCUCUGUUUCGAAAAAAAAAUAAGAGAAAUAGUAAAUUAGCAAAGCAAGCUUCGAAAGGAGAGAGACAAAUGUUUGAAGACAAGGAGAAGAGUUGCCGUUCUUCUAGAGAACUAGUUGUAAUAAAUGUGGGUAUUGCUUGUUUUGAUGGCAUUAUUGCCAUUCUUGCUUUUUCUCAGCUUGCACGGAUUCACUUUAGGAAUCCACAGCGAGGAUGGAAUCGCCAAAAAGUGUUACAUUUACUGAUUGGCUCUACGAACACUGGUUACUUUGUUUAUUUUGUCUUGACUCUCAUUGCUGCAUGCAGAGAGUGGCUAUGCUGGUCGUUCUCUUGUGGUUUUAUAGCCAUGGCGCUCCCCAGAAUUUUAUUCUUUUCAACAUUUCUCUUACUUUUGUCAUUCUGGGUCGACCUUUGCCACCAGACAGAUGAUGAAGAGGAAGAGGAUGAACAUGGUCUUGAAGAAGCGUUAUUACAAAAUUCUUUAAAUAGACCAAGGUCAUCAAUCUUAGAUAAUCGCAGAAUAUGCUAUCCUUUCCGUUUAAUUCAUGUUGGAAGUCAUCAAAAAAUAGUGAUUCUGGUUACUGUUGUUGUAUUUCUUUUAAUGAUGACAUUUUCUAUGCUAAUAUGGAUAGGAAUGGAAGAUAAUCCUAUUGAUUCGUCAACAGUGGCUCAAGUUUAUAUGGAUCUUUCUGCUGCAGCACAACUAUUGUUAGGUGGAGCUUUAGCAUGCUAUGGACUCCUAUUAUGUUGGAAAAUGAGGAAUGUUAGAUCUGAAAGAGCUUCAUCUGAGAUCUGGAAGGUUGCAGGUUUGGCCAUUGUAUCUGUUCUAUGCUUCACAUCCAAUGCUUUUGUGGCUCUUUUCACUGAUAUUCCGAUGCUGUAUCACUGGCAUGGAUUGCACAUACAUGGUGUUUAUACUUCUACUUUACUGAUUUUAUAUUAUUUUAUAGGUUCAUCGGUGCCAUCAGCUUUUGUGUUAUGGGUCAUGAGAGAAUUACCCCCACUAUCGAAAGCUAACAUCAAAGAAGAACCGACAACAAUAACUUUCAUUACCGAAAGUUUAGCCGAAAUUCGUCGUCAGCAGAGCUGGACUGCUGCAGCAAGCUCACAAAUUCAGGUAUCAAGAGGUAGUCCUAUAUGAUUGCUGGGUUUAUACACGAAUACAUGCGCUUAUAUUCCUAACCAGGCAAUGUGAACCGGAACUCGGAGCAGUCGGUUUGCGCAAACAACCCGCACAAUCGUCGACUGUACAGCAGUACAGGGCGGCUGGAGCACAGCCGUAAGGUUGGCCUUGCCACGUUUGAUAUUUGGAG